UACAGUUCACUGCUCCAUUCGUAACUGGAUUUAUCAAUACAUAUAUGUGCACAGUGUUUACAUUGUAGGAUGUGUGAACUAUAGAGAUGGAUUAGAAUGGGAUUUAUUUGUGUCUCAUUGGAGGGUUCAAUUGAUCAGUAAUACUGUCUGGUUCUACGCAGGACAUUUGGCUCGUGGGAUUAAUUGGAAUUAAUAAUUAAUUGGGGGGAUUAAGAUGGUGCAGAUGAAUUGAAUUGUUACCAUGGGAAAGCAGUAUCAUUGCGAUUAUUGUGACAGAUCGUUCAAGGAUAAUGCGGAAGUGAGGAAGAAGCAUUUAUCUAGUUUGCAGCAUGCCAAGAAUCAUGCCGAGCAUUACCGACAGUUUAAAGCCCCUGAAGAUAUUUUGAGAGAGGAAUCAGCGAAAAUAUCAUGCAAGAAAAUAACUUCAGAGAAUGGAUGUCCAUUCGGAACUAGCUGCAGGUUCUCACACUACACUGCUCCGAUGAUGUGGGAACUCCAGAGAAUCGUAUCGUUGAAGCAUCAGAAAGAGCUGGAGAAAUUCUCAUCAAACAUUCCGAAUCCAACGGAAAUCAUCGACGAAUUUUUCCAAGAUCCCCUGACCUCCACCGUAACCGAGAGCACUGAUCAGCCCAUCUGGAAUAUUCCCGCUGAACUGAAAAGCUGGCCGAAUCUGCCGCCAUCGUUGUGGCCAAUCACUCCGGCCAUUGUAACGGAUUCAAAUUUUCCGAAAUGGGGCUGACAACCUCUCCCACAAACACCUCCAAGGUAUCGAAGCAUAACUCAGAUAAAUGUUUCAUAUUUUUCAAAAUACAGAGAAAGAAUAAAUGAGCAAAAUCGUCAAAUAAAUCGUUAAUGUUUUAUAUUUUUCGAACUAGAGAAAAAGAAUAAAUAGUUUUACUCACAUGA